CUGGCCACAGAUAGAAUAGCAGGCAAGACAAGCGAGACAUAAUAAAAGUGAAAGCAAGACGCAGAGGAGUGAACAGAGGGACACCGUGUCACAGUCUUCACUGCUCAAGGAGACCGCCAGAAGAGGAAACAUGGGUUAUGGAAAUAUCAUGAAGAUUCAAACUAGUGGUGCCUCGAUGGAAACAGCUCAGCAGGACAGGCUGCCGACAACAGGUGUGAGUGCAUCACACACCAUGGCACAGACUGAUGUGGGCAGAAUGGAAAAAUAUAGGUCUAAAAUCAACAAAGUGGGAGCAAAAUAUGGAAUCGCUCCAGCUCUCAUUGCUGCUAUCAUCUCCAGAGAGUCCAGGGCUGGAAAUUGCUUAAAAGAUGGCUGGGGUGACAACGGCAAUGCCUGGGGACUGAUGCAGGUUGAUGUCAAUCCAAACGGAGGCGGACACACUGCACGUGGUGGCUGGGACAGUGAGGAACACCUCUGCCAAGCCACUGAGAUCUUGGUUGAUUUCAUCGGACUCAUCCGCAACAAAUUUCCCAGCGGUAGCGUGGAGCAGCAGCUGAAAGGAGGGAUAGCGGCCUACAAUAUGGGGGAUGGAAACGUCCGUUCCCUUGGAAAUGUGGAUGAAAAAACAACAGGAAGAGACUACGCCAAUGAUGUGGUUGCCAGAGCGCAGUGGUACCAAAGCAAAGGAGGCUUUUGAAACCUGGAGCCGUGCCCAACAGAAAGCUCCUGCAAAUAAUCACUCCGUCAUGUGUUAAAACUUGAGAGGAAUAAGUAUAAUGCAAAAUGUGUAGGAUUUAGGGCCAGAAAUGGAAUAUAAUAAUCAUAACUAUGUGUCCUUUAGUGUGCAUUCAUGUAACCUCCUCAGCUUUGUAGUGAGCCACACCCGUAUUAUCAUGUCUCUGGUUUCACUUGUUCUCAAGUAUUAAAGAAAGACUGAAAUUAAUAGAAGAUAUCUGUUUACAGCUUUUUGAUCUGAUCUGAAGACAUAGGUGCCCUCUGAAGUCUGAGUGUUGCAGGUUCAUUGAGGUCAGUCAGUCAGGAAACACCUGUUCAGUGAGCUUGACUGUGCGUCAUCAUUAGAACAUGAACAUUAAAGAUAACGGUACUUUUUAUUUGGUCUGAAGUGCAAAACGAGUUCAAAACUAGUGAAAUUGAAUAUUAGUAUUAGAACACAAGUCUAGACUGCCGUCUGCUUAUUCUUUUUAAAAUUGCAUUUAAUUGAAUAAAUUAAUUGUUGUGGCUUCUUUAAAGGGCCCCUUUGGUA